AUGGAUGCAACCCGCGUGAUUCUAACUGGACGACCAUGUGAUUAUAUUCAUGCGAAUUGGAUAAAAUUUGCGGAUGGCAAAAAAUUCAUAUGCACUCAGGCUCCCAUGGAAAGUUCAGUCCGUGAUUUCUGGCAAAUGGUAUUACAAGAGAACUGUCACCUUAUAAUUAUGCUGUGCUCCUUUAUAGAAGAAGACAAGCAGAAAUGUGUGCCGUAUUUUCCGACCUUGGCGGGAACCUCGAUAAUGGUAGAGGACGUUACUAUCACAUUGAAAGAAAGGAAUAAUAAUGGUCUAAUAACGACGUCAAUGUUCGUCGUCAAAACCAAGGACCAGGAACUUCAUGUCCGACAUAUACAGUAUACAGAAUGGCCAGAUCACUCUGCACCACUCAAAACUGCUGGUGCUCUUGAAAUUCACCGAGAAAUUUUCAACAAUCCACGUCAAUAUCCAUUAAUUAUCCAUUGCUCAGCUGGUGUUGGUCGUACAUGUACCAUUGUCGGUGCAGAACUGAUGUUAGAGAGAAUAUCGGCACGCCAGUUUCAUACGGCUACUGACAUAGUCAGAAUAAUGCGACGUGCACGAGCAGGGGCUGUUCAAAAGGCUGUACAAUUCCUCUUCAUGCACUAUAUUGUCCUUGAAGUGUUCUGUCAGGUACUGCACCUACAUGCUCAGCUAAAUUAUUCCGGAGUCUAUUCAGAUGAGGCCAUUUCGACUUUCAGUUGA